CGUAUUUGUAUAGAUCGAGCUCGCACGCAGCGCGAAACCACACAGUGCGACUCAGUUUUCGUGCCGUUGUGAGUGAAACGUAGCGGCGCUGUUCCAGCGAAACGUGUGCGGUGUCAUCGCCCAGACUUUCGUCGACCGACAAAACAAAACCCACCUAAAAAAAUGCCUGCCCCAGUUGAACCUGAAGCCGGCGGCCCGGAAAAUGGCCAACCGAGGUCCGAGCUUCAGGAGUUGCAAUUCCGUGCUGGUCAAGUCACAGAUGAGUCGCUCGAUAGUACAAGACGGAUGCUGGCGCUCUGCGAGGAGAGCACAGAUGCCGGUGCAAAGACGUUGGAAAUGUUGUCACACCAAGGCGAACAACUCGAUCGUAUUGAGGAUGGCAUGGACCAGAUCAACGCCGACAUGAAGGAGGCUGAAAAGAAUCUGACUGGCAUGGAGAAGUGUUGUGGGAUUUGUGUCCUGCCCUGUAACAAGAGUUCAUCGUUUAAGGAAGAUGAAAGCACGUGGAAGGGCAACGACGAUGGAAAGGUCGUCAAUAAUCAGCCGCAGCGUGUGAUGAUGGACAACGGAUGUGUGGCGGGUGGUUACAUUGGGCGCAUCACGAACGACGAUCGCGAGGUGGAGAUGGAGGAUAAUAUGGGCCAGGUGAACACGAUGAUUGGUAAUCUGCGCAACAUGGCGAUUGAUAUGGGCUCCGAGCUGGAGAACCAGAACCGGCAGGUCGAUCGCAUCAACCUCAAGGGCGAAUCCAACGCCACGCGGAUACAAAUGGCCAACGAGCGCGCCCACGACCUACUCAAGUAGACAGUACCUAACAGUGACAGUAACACGAUUCGAAUGUUUUACAUGUGUUUACAAUGGACAUGGAGAUGUACUAUUAUUAUUAUUAUUAUUACAAUUACAAUUGGGGUGCGUUCGAUCACGUCGAGAUCCGAUAAUUUAUCAUACAUCAAACGUUUAAAUGUAUAGUUGUUACAGUUUACAAUAAUGAAUGUUUCGGUCGACUAUGCUUUGGUGGAAUUUUCUUUACGUGUGUAAUGUUUAUAACAAUUUCGACGUGGUGGAACGCUCCUGUGAACAUACCCCUCUUAACAAGUUGACAAAUUAACAAAAAAAAUGCGAAAGUCUAGAUUUUUUAGGAGGCAUGCACAAAAACCAAAUUUAACAUCACUGAACUUAUCUAAACUUUUCUGAAAUUAUUAGCUAAUCUAAUCUGUAUUAAUUGAUUAACUUUUAAUAGUUGAGUUUUGAACGUUUUGUACAGUCGUACAACUAACAUACAUCAACGCGCAUAUGUUGUGCGUGCAAUUAUUAUAUCUAAACAAUUAAUACUAACGUUAAUAUAAAACAUACUGCAAAUUUGUUACGAUGUGAAAGUCUGUAAUAAGAAGACGAAGAGCGGAACAGGUGUGUCAUUGUGUAAUUUGCUUCUGCUAGGGCGAGAGCAACGAAACGCGCAUCGCGGUCGCAAAUCAACGGGCCAACAAGCUACUCAAGUCCUAAACCGGGAACGAAGUCGCCUUUUAUAUACACUUCUAUCUCUACCUUCUUCACUAUAACUUAUAACUUGUAACUUUGAUUAUAGUUUACAUAGUUUAACAAACAAGCAAAACAUGCAUUCGAAGAACAGCUAAAUAUAGAGAAAAUUGUAAAAUGUAGCAUAAAAUGUAACAAAAGUUUACCAAAUCAAUUCAAUUAAAUGAAACAAUUACUUUACAGUUGCAAUUAUUACAAGUACGAUGAUAAUAUUCUUAAACUAACUGUAAACCAGGACCGUACACGCAGGAAAAUAAAGAUGUAAAAUGUAAAAAGUAUGCAUAAUACACGAUUGUAAUUAUGAACAUGGAAUGUUACGAAUUCGAUUCUCAAUGUUGCUUAGAAUUUCACUUAGUACUUAUAUAGACGUUAUUCAGUCAAAUGUAACAUCUAUACGUUGUAUCACCAAAUGGAUAAACUAUUCGUACGAUAUGCCUAUAUCUAUGAUCUAUGUAUCUGCGUAUAAUAUUUGAAGAAAUUAUUGUCGUUCACACCAAUACAAAACACGAUGAGCAGAGACCGAAAUUGUCUUAUAAAAGAAGAACAAACAAAUGUUUAAACCUACCAGCUCUACAACUAGUUACUAUAUAAUGCAACAACGAAAAACUUCGCUAAUCAAUAGUUUUAGUUUAAUUUAUUUGCACUUUUAAUGAAUAUAAAGAAGAAUAUUAAGUGGACGGUAUGUACUUACGAGUGAGAUUUUUUAUAUUGCUUAGUUAGUAAUCAAUUGAUUAUAUUAUAACACAAUACUGAUAUGUAAUUGAAAGGAACAAGUAAUUUUUACAUGAAGUGGAACAUAGGCAAAUGCGUGUAGAGUUGGUAGGGUAAUACUAAACACGUUGAAAUAUACUAAUUGAAACUAAUAACUGUUUGUUAUAUUUGUUGAAUUUGAAAUUUGAUGAUGGUUAAUGAUUGUACGCGCAGGAAUGUGUUACGAACGCUGAGAUUACUUGAGAUUGCUUGAAACUAAACAAAAUAAAACUUUACUGUAAGGUAAAUACGACGCACACCAAUAAAAAAACAUUGUAACGCGAGCGACAUUUUGCACGUUACAUGUGAAAUCCUUUCUAGACGUGCGGGAUGUCAUUCGUGUUGGAUUUAUUUUUAUGUUUGACACACAUGAACGCGAAGAAAACACGAAAGACAAGCGAAAGCAAACUAGUACAUAUAAUGUGUUAUCGAAUAACUUCUUCAACUUCAAAACUUGUAUCAUACUGUCUUGUAAUCUAAUGUUUGGUUAAUUUUAAGAUUUAAUUUAAACCAAAACUUUCAAUCCCAAUCUUAAUGUUUAAAUGAUGCUAAGAUUUGUACGUGUAAAUAGACGCAAAAAGGACAUUUGUCGAAAUGUGGAAAACAAGUCAAAAGUCACACACACUCUUCACGAUUUACACUAAACGCUAUUCCUAAACAAUAUCUAUGUCCAUCUUGAAUUAUGGUUAAUCCUUGAUAUUAUUCACAUUGCGACGUGAUAACAGUUACACGCGGUCACUUGUUACGGCGAAUUGUUGUCAAAUAUUUGGGUGCGUUAGCCUGCGACGUGUUUUCAAUGAGUUUUAAGUUAAAAAGAGUCAAAUGAAAACGAUGAAUCUUCCAUUUGUGACGUUUUUAUUGUGGACGUGUUUUGAAUCCUACCGUUUUAUUAUUAGUAAAUGCGUUAGAAAUGGACAAGAUGAUGAAACAAAGUGAUACAAUUAUACACGAUUAUUAUGUAACUAACAAAUGAUUAAAAACAAAAAAUGCAUCAAACAGUACUAACUAACAAACACAUAUACAUGAUGAAACUAUUCGAAACUAUAUAAAACAAGAAACCAAAAAGCUAAUAGCCGGCUGUAUUAAGUAGUUAUUUAUGUACUGUACGAAAAACUCGAUACGAUAACGGCGAUGCGACAUUAAAUAACUGAACGUGUUAGAAAUGUAAACCUAAAUAACACACAACUGAGUCACGAAUACCCGAAGCGUUUUUCGUUUGUCCUGUCGCAAGAAUAUUUCACGGUAAUUGUAAUGUCGUUGAUAGAGAAUAUUGGUAGCAAUUAAAUGCGAUCGUCGAUGGCGAUCCGUUCACACACUCAUAUCAAUCUGCAACACUUGCAAUAAUAGAUUUUGCGCGGCGGGACGAAUGAGAAAUUUGAUUAUUAACACGAUAAUUAACAUGCGACUUGCGAAAUUCAAGCUGAGGUCGAUGAGUCUACAAAGAAAGUGAUUUUUGGCGUAUUAGUACAUAAAACGUCGAGUUUUAGUCCUAAAAUUUUUGCUUAUUAUUAUAUAUAUGAAAUAUAUAUAAAGAAGAAGGGAUACAUGAUGAAAUAAUAUGUAAACAUAGUUUACUACAAACAAAAAUGUAUUAUCAUUAAUUAUUAAAUACUAUUAUAUUACAACUAUGGUGAUGAUUAUAAUUAGUAUAGUUUAUUAAAAAGAAUAAAAUAUUAAACAUCA